UUGGCGCAGGUGGAGUCAAAUAUAGUGAAUUUUUCUGGGAUAUAUACCAAGCCUUUUUUCACAGAUUUUUUACAAUGAUAAAAUAUUAAUCCCAUUUUUAUUAAUUCUAGUUUGUAGAGGGUUGUCAACAACAAUGAAGACAAACACUUUUCUAAGUAUGGUCCUUGUUGGAUUUGCGGUACUAAAAACUGCCACUAUGGUGUAUACUUCAUGUGGCCAUAAUACCUGCGUUUGUGAUGACAAAGGUCGAUUUGCCAGAUGUAAGCCAGAGAGAGGCCACACACAGUUACCCUAUUUUCCUAGUCUACCAAGCUAUAUUACUAAUGUGACGUUCCUAAAUUUUAAACGUCCAAACAUUUUACGAGACGAGUUAUUGAACUUAACUCGCCUACAUCUGAAAGUUUUACAGUUUCAGAAUAUGAAUAUAACAUUUAUGGAAAAGGGUCUAUUUCAAUCUUUUCGACGUCUCACAUCAUUAGAGAUAUCAAAUAACAUUGAACUUCCUACUUAUGUUUUACGAGACGCAUUUAAAAACAUAUCGCCGACCUUACAGACUCUGGAUGUGACUUCUAACAAUUUACACUUCUCUCUACCAGAUCUGUUCAAAUAUUUAAAACCCACAAAUCUCUCUAAGUUGGUACUAGCAAGCAAUCCGAUGAAACAUUUUCAAGGCGAUGUUAUUAAAGGACUUCUUUUGACAACGUUAGAUUUAUCAUCGUCUGGAUUUAGAAAUUUGACAAAGUUGUGUCUAGAAAAUUAUAUCCCUUUGUUUUCAAAACUACAAAAUCUUCUCCUGCGUUCAACCAAGAUAAAAAAUCUUCCAAAAAAUUUCUUCACUUGUUUUCCAAACUUGAUAGUUGUUGACCUUACAGGCACAGAUAUAGGAUUAUUUCCAGCUUUUUGUCACAACUCUCAACAUAUUUCAAAUCACUUGAAUGAAUUGCAUAUCGGAAAUACAGGUAUUCGUGGAAAUAUUUCACAUAAACAUUUCCAAUGUUUGACCAAUCUCAGGUAUCUUGAACUUGACAGAAAUAAAAUAACAAAUGUUCCUUACUUCUGCAAUUCAAACGGCUAUAGCACUAUGCCCUAUCUUAAAGAGUUUCAUUUUCAAUUUACGUCAAUUACAACCCUUCAGGACAAUUCUUUUGAUUGUUUGCCAGCUCUUAAAAUUUUAGAUUUAAAAAACAACCCUUUCACAAACCUUCCGACCUUCUGUGGACAAAACAAAACCAGCUUUACUCCGAAAUUAAAAUCAUUGUUUCUUCAAAACACAAGUAUCACUUCUCUUCGCGAUCAUAAAUUUUAUUGUCUCCCAGACCUGGAAAAUCUUGAUUUGCGAAAUAACUAUUUUAGACAUGUACCUUCAUUUUGUAAUGAGGCAAACAAAGGCGUAAAUCCGUAUUUAAAGUAUCUUACUUUAGCACACACAAAAAUUACAUACAUUUCCUUAAACAGUUUUCUUUGUCUCCCUUCUUUAGAAACAUUAGAUUUAAGCUACACUGAUAUUAAAAGUCUUGAGGAUAACAUUUUUAGCUCAUUACGAUCCUUAAAAGAGCUAAAAAUUGGACAUGUACCAAGCUUGAAAUCAAUUGCUAAAUAUGCGUUUAACAGUUCUAGCCUAGUUACCUUGAAGUUUUAUUACAACGAUUUCGACUUUGGGAAUAUCUCAAAAUAUUCACCAAAAUAUAUAUUCAAGUCUUGUCCCAAUUUAAGAACUUUGGAUCUUCGUAAAAAUCAUUUUCCAACAGGACCCUAUAGUCAAGAAAUUCUUAAACCUUUGACUAAAUUAGUUGAACUAUCUCUGGCGGAUAACAGAAUGGAUACAAUUUACGAGGAUGCAUUCAGAUCGACAAGGACUUUAAAGCGAAUCUCACUGAGUCAAAACAAACUAAUAGGAUGGAAAGAAAAUGUUUUUCAAAACCUUUCAGAAUUAACUCAUUUGGAUAUUGGUCUUAAUAAAAUUGCGAUAUUUAAUAGAACAUCUGUGCCAACAAAUAUUUUGAAUAACUUAAAAACUCUAAAUCUCGCUUAUAACCCAUUCGAUUGUGGAUGUGAUAUGAUAUGGUUUAAAAAUUGGUGUCUUAAAACCAACGUUACUCUUUUGUUGUUUCCGGGGAUGUAUACAUGCCAGACACCUGCUAGUAUGCUUCGACAGCUAAUGAUAUCCCUUAAUCUGACAGAGGAGGACUGCACUCCAAAAAAUCCAUGGAUAGUAGUAAUUGCUGCAGCCUCUUCUAUAUCAUUGCUGAUUGUUUUUAUGACAAUCUUCAUCUCUGUGCAGUUGCCGACAAUUAAAAAUUAUAUAUACUAUUUUCGUUUGAAAAAAAAGGGAUAUGUCAAACUAAUAAAUGAACAAGAUUUCAGGUAUGAUGCGUAUGUUGUAUACUGUGAAGAGGAUGAAAAAUGGGUCAUUCGAACACUUGUGCCUAAUUUGGAAUCAGAGGGUUUACUGUUAUGUAUACCAGAUAGAGAGUUUGAUGUGGGAGCGGACCGAUGUGGUGAAAUUGAAUCCGCAUUUAAGGAAAGCAAAAAGAUCCUUGUGAUAUUGUCUAACAAUUUUGCGAAAAACGAAUGGUGUCUUUGGCAAGAAAAUUUGGUGGAAGAAAGACUGAGACAAUGGGGAAAUUCGGCAGUAGUAUUUGUUUUGUAUAAAAACAUUAGUAGUAAAAACAUGAUUUCUUCUUUGCAUCGUACGAUGAAAAACCAGCCCAUUGUAACUUGGCAUGAAGGCGGUUCUCGUGAAAAAAUGUUUUGGAAAGUUGUUAUUCUUGCUGUAAAAUCACCACUUGGCGAACCUCCGGUGUCAGUUAUACAUUGAUAAACGACAAUAUCUCGAGUUAUCCCUACUUUCACUGAUAUACAUGUAUAUUUUAAACAUUAAUGGUUUUUCCUCAUUAUUAGCCGGGCUUUCCGAAAGAAAAUUUCGGAAAUUGAAAAUGGCGGUCGGGCAAGCGGGCGGCUGCCAAAAGAGUAUUCCUUUUGUAUUGGUUACUCCUACUACAGGUUUCAGGAUGAUCAAUGGGAAAUAUUUGCUUAAGAGAUCUUUUGUAUAUAAAUCAGAGAUGUGCAUAUUAUUAAAAUUUUUAGUUUUGAUAAUCUAUGCCAAAAAUAACAGCAGUUGAAGAAAUAUCUGAAGAAAUAUCCCGUUUCUUAGAUGGAAGUUUCAAUUAAUUUAAGGGUAUCACUAGGAUUAUGGCCAUUUUAGAACUGUAUUGAUCUCCUGUAGGAAAAGAGAUAUCACAGGAUGAAUCUCUGCCAUUCAGUUAACCGGAAUGUGACUGAAAGGUAACUGAAAUGUGGCUGAAUGGCAUAGCUAUGCCAUUCAGUCACCUUUCCAGACCAUUCAGUUAUCAUUCAGUUGACUGAAUGGCAGAGGUUCAUUCUGUGUAUGUAUACAAAUAUAUAAAAAUACCCAAAUUCAAGAAGUAAAAUAUAUGGAUUUUUUCUACAUUUACCAAUAGUAAACAGCUAAACAAAUCAUAUUUUAAAAAUUUUAGGCCGUUCUUAUGGUUUAUUUUUUGACCAUCCAUCCUUCUUAAUAAAAGCAUUGUUCAAAUGGUCAGAAAAGAAAAACCAUAAAAAUUCACUAAUCCGUUUCAUGGCGAGGCCACAUUAAAAGGAAUAUAGGUCUGAUUACAAAUUGGAGCCCAAAUUCGGACAAAAACUAUAUUAUUUAAAUUAGUUAAUAGUUAUUAACAGCCACUU